CCAAUUUCCAGGGUCGAAAAGAUAUCGCGUCUGGGCUGAACGUCAAAAUGAUGGCGUUUUGCGGCGUGUACCCAUAAUAGCGCCCGAAUCGCCGCUUAGCAUACUUUCACAGUUGCCUUUGGUUCCUCUCACCAUCACUAUCGCCAGGUCAGGAGGUUUCCUAAUCAUUGAGUCUCACCAUGGAUGCUAUCAUCUUCUUCCUCGCACUGCUGUUGCAAAUUGUCGCUUCGACCGACGUGUCGUCUUGCUCUUGCGGUUUCCUCGACUCUAAAACUGGUGCAGUCUGGACUGACGCACUGAUCACAUACGCAAACGAGACCGAAGAGUUACCCGGAGAGUCGUUAAUUGCUGAGGACUUCCAGAAUCCGUACGAGAAGAACUGGAACGCGCGUUACCGAGCAGGCGCGAAAUCGUCCAAUCUGGCUUUGUCGGAGUCGACGAGAUCAGGCUGGAAUGGCACAGCGUGGACGCUGAAGAUCGAUCCGCCCACCAAAGACCAUAUAGUGAUCGGAGCCUCUAUUAGGUCGAUUCGACGUGACAUCCAAUAUGGCACCUUUGAAGCCGCUCUGGGAGCACCCAAACCGGGCGUUGGUGGAAGCAUACUUUCCAUGCGGCUCGACUACAACGAAACACAGACGGUGAAUCUGAAUGUCAUGAAUGCAGAUGCUCCAAAGGAUGCAUGGACGUCGUUCAUGAUCUACGGAGAUUGGAGAGGCACUCGAUCCAAGGGCGUGAACUUCAGCGAUUUUGGCAACAACACCUAUUCCUUCCAGGGCUCCCCGUGGGGGUUUGUUCCGUACCGCAUCAACUGGGACAAUGCGUCGAACAUCGAUUUCUUCAUUGGCGAUGCGCUGGCGCGUUCAGUCCGCUCUAAGGGUGCUGCGAAGCCCCUUCCUGUGACACCGGCGACGUUCCGCAUCCAGCAUUCAUCCUUUGGGGACAUGUAUACUUCCGAGGGACCGCCGCCGAAUGGAUCAGAUGCGCGUGUAGGCAUGAUCAGGGCCUUCUUCAACACGUCCAGCAUGUCGCCAGAGGACCAUGCUGCAUUCGACAAGCGCUGUCACCUAGCGCCGGCCCCAACGUGUCUUGUCUCCGACACAUCACUUCGAGGGGCCUCCAACUUCUCGCUCCCAGCAUCCCGGCCGUGGAAGCCUAAAGCAGUCGACUACAAGAAGCGAUGGCCUGCUAUCUUCGUCGUGUCUGUUUCCGCUGCCAUUUCAACGAUCUUGCUGGCGCAUGCCACCUUCAAGCGGGCUCCAUGGAAGCAAAAACAAGCUGCAGGCAGCCUUGAUCCUCCAUCUGCACCAACUGCAAAUAACAGCGGGCGAACAUCAAAGGACCUGUCCACCACUCCUUCUUUCAUCUAUUCGGAACACGAUGCAUUGGCGCUUACCGCUCAGCUUCCUGGGGUUGGCACGCCAGGACAAGUGACGCCUGGUACCUCAACACCGCGCGCUUCUUUGCCCCCCGGCUCAUCACAUGGCUCCGCUCAGAUAUUCUGGGCAAGCUCACGCGACUCGCUGGAGAUCUGCAAGGUGAAUGGAAACAAGCAAGCUGGUGUUCAGGCAGUUGUGCCGUCUACUAGGAUUGGCAAAUACGACGAGAAGAAGCAAGUUGAGGUCACAGUCAAGGAGAUCCCCAACACAGUCCCCGCUGCCAACAACGCCUCCCUUGCCGAUGCAAAGCUGCCUAUCGCGGCGCCUAAGCAGCGUGUCGACUAUCUGGCAGGAUUGGUUGCGUUAGCAUCCGUACUCGUGACCUUGAUUCAUUUCGCCUUGACGUUUCUUCCAGCCACCGAGAUUCCGUACACCCAUGCUCACUAUGAAAGCGAAAUUUGGGCACUCAAAAUUGUAACGCCGUAUCUGUUGACCUUCAGCUGGAUUGGGCCCUUCUUUACCUCCUCAACCCGUUUCUUAAUCGCCAGCUACCUCAAGUCGGGCAACCUCAAGGGCGUCGCAGAAAAGACUGUCGGUCGAACACCCCGUCUGAUCAUCCCUUGUGCCGCCGUCGCAGCCCUCGAGUACUUUUGCAUGCAAGUGGGCGCAAUAAACUGGCUCGAAUACCUGCCGUCCGUGACUUGGUCGACAUGGCCAUACACUGCCGGUUAUGUGACAUUUGGUCACUUCAUUAGUGAAAUCCUUGAGUUGAUGUAUAUCAUUCCUAAUGCUGUCCCUCAGAUUACCUUCAACUAUUGCAUUGGCGUCCUCUGGACUAUCCCCGUCCAGCUGCAGAACUCUUGGCUGUCUCUUCUGGCUGUCAUAGUCAUCCGAGAAAUCAAGACGCCCUGGAAACGUAUGGGCUAUUACGCCUUUUGUAUCCUUAUGCACUACUACGCUAUGUCAUGGGGGACCUUCUUCUGGGUUGGUCUUCUCAUUGCCGAUCUGGACUUGACAUAUAAAUGGAAGGACUGGUUGUACAGCCGACCCUUUGUGUACUACCCUUUCCUCACUUUCAUUGCUCUUUUGGCUGUCGGAAGCCCCUCGAUUGACUUGGUUGGCAUGUGGAAAGCAAACUGGAACUUCAACACACUCGAGUUUGGUAUCCACCCUCACCAGCGCACUGGGCAUGCGGUACGCGAUACAUCUGACUACGGAUACCCCGCGUACUAUCUCCCACGCCUCACAGCUCUCACUUUCUCCAUCGGCUUCCACCUCCUGGUCGAGCUGUCUACUGUGGUGCAGAAAUUCUUCUCGAAUCGCCUUCUCAUGUGGCUUUUCCCACAUAUUCUUACGCUCUACCUCAUCCACGGUCUGGUAUUCUGGAGCCUUGGAGCCGCCAUCUGUGUCCACCUGGCAGCACACAACGUUCCCUACUGGGCUAAUAUGUUGAUUGUAGCCAUCUGCUCAUAUACUGUUAUUUUCGGGUGCCUACCAUUGCUGACACCUAUCCUGGAAGGCUUGGGCAAGAGCAUCACCCAGAAGAUUUGGCAGGACGCGAGCUCGAAGCCACCGUCAAGGAGGAAGACUCUGUACCCUUUUAGUCCGGAGAUGUUCGAGGGAAACGAGGUCGACGACGGGGCGAAAGACAGAGAUGUGGAGAGUCAGGCUGUCAAAGAGAAGAUGUAGCUAGGUUUUCGCAAACCCGAUCUGGACGUCAUGCAUCGCACUGGAGUAAUGUGGCCACUUAGUAAUAAUAGAUUCUUGUUCUAC